AUGGCGCUGCUGCAGAACGUGUCGCUGCAGGAUCCACGGGACCGCUUCGAGCUGCUGCAGCGCGUGGGGGCCGGGACCUAUGGCGACGUCUACAAGGCCCGCGACACGGUCACGUCCGAACUGGCCGCGGUCAAAAUAGUCAAGCUAGACCCAGGGGACGACAUCAGCUCCCUUCAGCAGGAAAUCACCAUCCUGCGUGAGUGCCGCCACCCCAACGUGGUGGCCUACAUUGGCAGCUACCUCAGGAAUGACCGCUUGUGGAUCUGCAUGGAGUUCUGCGGAGGGGGGUCUCUGCAGGAGAUUUACCACGCCACCGGGCCCCUGGAGGAGCGGCAGAUUGCCUAUGUCUGUCGGGAGGCACUGAAGGGGCUGCAUCACUUGCACUCUCAGGGGAAGAUCCACAGAGACAUCAAGGGAGCCAACCUUCUCCUCACCCUCCAGGGAGAUGUCAAGCUGGCUGACUUCGGGGUGUCAGGCGAGCUGACAGCAUCCGUGGCCAAGAGGAGGUCUUUCAUUGGGACUCCAUACUGGAUGGCCCCAGAGGUGGCCGCCGUGGAGCGCAAAGGUGGCUACAAUGAGCUGUGUGACAUCUGGGCCCUGGGCAUCACCGCCAUCGAACUGGGCGAGCUGCAGCCGCCUCUCUUCCACCUGCAUCCCAUGAGGGCCUUGAUGCUCAUGUCGAAGAGCAGCUUCCAGCCGCCAAAGCUGAGAGACAAGACUCGCUGGACCCAGAAUUUCCAUCACUUCCUCAAGCUUGCCUUGACCAAGAAUCCCAAGAAGAGACCAACGGCAGAGAAGCUUCUGCAGCACCCCUUCACAACCCAGCAGCUGCCUCGGGCUCUCCUCACACAGCUGUUGGACAAGGCCAACGAUCCCCACCUGGGAACCCCCUCUCCAGAAGACUGUGACCUGGAGACUUAUGACAUAUUUCCGGACACCAUUCACUCCCGGGGGCAGCAUGGCCCAGCCGAGAGGACCCCCUCGGAGAUCCAGUUUCACCAGGUGAAAUUCGGCGCCCCACGCAGGAAGGAAACAGACCCACUGAACGAGCCGUGGGAAGAGGAGUGGACGCUGCUGGGGAAGGAAGAACUGAGCGGGAGCCUGCUGCAGUCAGUCCAGGAGGCCCUGGAGGAAAGGAGCCUGACCAUCCGGCCAGCCUUGGAACUCCAGGAGGUGGACUCCCCAGAUGACACCAUAGGAACCAUCAAGAGGGCCCCAUUCUUGGGGUCAUCUCCCACUGAGCCUCCAGCUGAGGACCUGCAACCCAGUCUCCCAGGAACUCCACCCCUACCGCACCCAGGCCCUGCCAGUCCUCCCCUGCUCCCCACCGCCUGGGCCACCAUGAAGCAUCGGGAAGAUCCUGAGAGGUCAUCUUGCCAUGGGCUCCCCCCGACCCCCAAGGUGCACAUGGGCGCCUGCUUCUCCAAGGUCUUCAAUGGCUGCCCUCUGCGGAUCCAUGCUGCUAUCACCUGGAUUCACCCUGUCACCCGGGACCAGUUCCUGGUGGUGGGAGCCGAGGAAGGUAUCUAUACCCUCAACCUGCAUGAACUGCAUGAGGAUACACUGGAGAAGCUGAUUUCGCACCGCUGCGCCUGGCUCUACUGCGUGAACAACGUGCUACUGUCCCUCUCAGGGAAAUCCACACACAUCUGGGCCCACGACCUCCCAGGCCUGUUUGAGCAGCGGCGGCUACAGCAGCAGGUCCCCCUCUCCAUCCCCACCAACCGCCUCACCCAGCGUAUCAUCCCCAGGCGAUUUGCCCUGUCCAACAAGAUUCCUGACACCAAAGGCUGCCUGCAGUGUCGUGUGGUGCGGAACCCCCACACGGGCAGCACCUUCCUGCUGGCCGCGCUCCCCGCCAGCCUGCUCCUGCUCCAGUGGUACGAACCGUUGCAGAAGUUCCUGCUGCUGAAGAACUUCUCCAGCCCCUUGCCCAGCCCAGCAGGGAUGCUGGAGCCGCUGGUACUGGACGGGAAUGAGCUACCGCAGGUGUGUGUGGGGGCCGAGGGCCCUGAGGGGCCCGGCUGCCGCGUCCUGUUCCACGUCCUACCGCUGGAGGCUGGCCUGACGCCGGACAUCCUCAUCCCACCCGAGGGGUUCCCAGGCUCUGCCCAGCAGGUGAUCCAGGUGGACAGGGACACAGUCCUGGUCUGCUUUGACCGCUGCGUGAGGAUCGUCAACCUGCUGGGUGAGCCCACAGCCACGCUGGCGCCCGUGCUGACCUUUGACUUCCCCAUUGAGACUGUGGUGUGCCUGCAGGACAGCGUGCUGGCCUUCUGGAGCCAUGGGAUGCAGGGCCGCAGCCUGGACACCAAUGAGGUGACCCAGGAGAUCACAGAUGAGACGAGAAUCUUCCGAGUGCUCGGUGCCCACAGAGACAUCAUCCUUGAGAGCAUUCCCACCGACAAGCCCGGGGCUCACAGCAACCUCUACAUUCUCACAGGCCACCAGAGCAGUUACUGA